AUGCCAUCCCAUGCCAUCCCAUUGUCCCAUCCCAUCCCAUCAUCCCAUAACAUCCCAACCCAUCCCAACCCAUCCCAAUCCCACUCCCAAUCCCAAUCCCAAUCUCCAUCCCAUCCAACCCCAUCCCAUCAAUCCCAGCCCAUCCCAUCAAUCCAUCCCAUCUCAUCCCACCCUAUCCCAUCAAUCCCAUCCCACCCAAUCCCAACCCAACCCAUCCCAACCCCAUCCCAUCAAUCCCAGCCCAUCCCAUCAAUCCCAUCCCAUCUCAUCCCACCCUAUCCC